GCUCUCUUUUGUCUCCUCUGCACUUCUCUCUCUCUUCCCAACAAAAUUUGCAGAGGCAAAGGUACAAAGGUUUGUCUCCGGCGAGCUAUGGAAGACGACUGGGACCUGCACGCGGUGGUCAGAGGCUGCGCCGCCGUCUGCUCCUCCGCCGCAACCACCGUAUGCUCCGCCGCUCUCCAGCAAAACCCCAUCUUUUCUCCAGUUUCCGCCGAACGACAAAAUGGGUUCUCGAGAAACGCCGUCUUCGGAGAGGUCCGAGAUCUCUACACUCCCUUCAGACAAGAUCCAAAUGUCUCCGUCUCGUCGUUUUCUUGUCUGAAUUACACAGAAGAUCCGAGACAGCAACGGCAGUCGCAGUCGCAGAAGCGUCCUCUCUCGGUUUCCGUUUCUUCCGGUAGUGUCACCAGCAGACCCGCAAGCUCCAAUAACUCCAGAUCUAAAAGAAGAAAGACCCAGCAGAAGAGGGUAUGCCAUGUAGCAGAAGAGGCUUUGAACUCCGACGUCUGGGCAUGGCGGAAGUACGGACAAAAACCCAUCAAAGGUUCUCCUUAUCCCAGGGGAUAUUAUAAAUGUAGUACGUCGAAGGGGUGCUUGGCCCGGAAACAGGUGGAGCGGAACAAAUCGGACCCGACGGUGUUCAUCGUCACGUACACGGCGGAGCACAACCACCCGGCUCCGACCCACCGCAAUUCCCUCGCCGGAAGCACCCGCCAAAAGCUCUCCGACCACCCCAACGCCGCCGCAGAAUCCGCCAAAUCCCCCGCCAUCUCCGCCGUCUCCCCGUCAUCUCCGGUUACCUCAGCCGAUGACUUGGCCCUGCCGGUGGAAGAUCUGGCGAUGGGAGAUCUCGACGGGGACGAUGAUCUCCUGUCGCUGUCGGACACGGUGGUGAGCGACGAUUUCUUCGAGGGGUUGGAGGAUUUUGCCGCCGGAGACAGCUUCUCCGGCAGCUCUCCGGCUAAUUUUGGCCUUUCUUGGAUAGCCAGCGACGCCGCGGCCACCGCCGGCGGCAUCUGAUGCGCCGGAUAAACCAGGGGUUCUAUACAAAGUGUUUGGCAUAGUAUACUCUUUAGGAAAGAGAGAUUCUUGGAAUUAUUCUCGGAUUAUGUAAAGAAAGAUAGGACGAAAUGUUUUAUUUUUUAUGCUUA